AUGGAAGGAUUUAUUUCAAGUUCUCCAGCUGAAUUAACUACUCCUAUUGUUAAUUUCAAGAAGGACAUUGAAAAUCCUUUUCUAACAGACGAUUUUAGAGGAUCUAUCAAAUCACAUCCUGAUCCGAAUCCUACAACAGAUUUAUUUUGUAAACCUGGAUUAGAGAUGUCAAUCGUCGUUCCAGAUAACACUCCUGUUAUUCCUCAAAACAAAUUAACUAAUUUAUCAACAAUGUUUUCAAAUCAUACUUCAUCAACAGCCUCUUUUGAUACACCAUUUUCUUGCAUAGAUUCGAAUGAUUUAUUUGCCAAAGCUGAUGCGAAACCGAACGAAUUUCCUAUAGGCGAGUACUGUCAACUUACAAUACAAUUUGACACGGUUGAAGCUGCAUUUGAGGAUGUAGAACCAGUUAUUAUUACUUCCUUCCUUUAUUCUUUAGAUUCCAAAAAAAUCAUAUCGAAUUCUUGGAAAUUCUCUCCGAAAGGAUCGGUUGGCAUCUUACAAGCCAAUCGUAUUCCAUUUUCAUUCAAAAACGUAGCUACUUUCCAAAUUGAUCCUUUAUUAAAAACCGAAAACAUCUACUUCAUGAUUCUAUUGUCUCAUCCUACAACAGUUGAAAACUCCACCGAAAUUAUUAAAUACUACAACACACCAAAUGCUCAAACAAGGGCUGUUGCUCAAGCUCAUCUCAAAACUACUUUUCCGAGAGUCAAUAAUUCUUAUUCACAGUUCGCUUUCGGAUUUAUGGAAUUAAAUUCAAUUAUUAAUGGUGAUGAUAAGUUCAAACUUUCAAAAAUUUAUUAUGUUGAUAAUAUCGAUAGAGAUAACAUCUUUGAGAAGAUCCAGGAAUGUGUACAAGGCAAAGGCAAAAUGAUGCCAAUCAAUAUCAACUUUAUAAAACUACAUAGUGUCGAAAAUAUUAUACGUCCUAAGGUCUUAGCAAAGCCGCAACCAUUCUUAGCGCCAAACCAUCAAGUUUUCGUAUCUCUUAAAUCUGCAAACAUCAAAUCGAACGCGAGAAAUAUUCUUAUAAAAAUGACUAUCAGAGAUACGCAACACUCGCGUGAACUACCGCUUUUAUGUAACCCAUUGAGCCAGGAUGCACUCGAUACAGCCGUUUACUCCCAUUGCGUUUACCACGAAAAAGCUCCGAAAUUUAUUGAUGACUUUAUUGUUGAUUUGCCAUUCCCUGUCCAACAGGAAGCCUACCUUGUGUUCGAGAUCUUCCACGUUCACGCGAAAGUCUCUGACAAAUCUGAUACCCAUAUCGGCACAGGAUCAUUUAAACUCAUAGACAAAGGGACAAUUCAGACCGGCCGUCACAUUGAAAUUCCGAUCACUUUAAAUGGCGAAAAAGACAAGUCUUCUAAAGUUGAGAUCUCGAUUAAGAACAAUUCCUGCUACCAAUCGGAUAAUGCCAACAUGAACAAGCUAUUGAAUGAAAAGGACCUCGAAAAGUACAUCCCUCUCCUAUCUCCAGAGUUAAUUAUCACAAAUUUGACUUCAAUUUUAAACAUUUUCCUUGAAAAGAUGGAAGAGAAGAGUGAUGACUUCAAUAUUGAUCUUUUAGCUAAAAUCCAAGAAGCAUCCGAUACAUGUAGCAAUGUGCAAUCAUUUACGAAAUAUUUAGCAAUAUUUACAAAAUAUUUCGCAUUGAAACAGAAAAAUCCAUUUAGAGGUGUCCGAAAAGAAACGAAUAUACAACUCACAGACUUUUCCAAUGUGAAUAAUUCAGCAUGUGCAACUGUUUUGUCUACACCUACUUCGCUAGGAAAUCCAGAUGAUUUGUUGGACGCAUUUUUAAGUUGUCCACCUUCUAAUUUGGUUCCUGUAUCAAAUUCAUUCCCUGUACAACAGGAUUUACUAAAUAUGACUGAGAAGAAAGACUUAAAUAAUGUACACAACAAACUCAUAAAAGGAUUGAACAAUUAUUUGAACAAAAAUGAAUUGAAAAAUAUCAUUUUGUUCACUGAUUUCAUUUUCUCUUCGAUAAUUAAAUCAAUGGCAACAACGAAUGUCGUUGAUUUUGAUUCAUUUGGUGAUAUGUGUACUAGUUUCUGUUCUGCAGCCAUUCAAGUAAGAAGAGGAGAAUGGAAACCGACACUUUCAUACAGUUUAUUCUGCCAAAUGUUGUUUGAUUUAGGAUUUUUCAAUGAAGCAAGUUUAGGCAUUGAAACAAUGCUGAAAAUUCUAACAAGCAACAAUGUUAUCAAUGAUUCCUUAUGCUCUUUUAUUUGUUUCACUUUGAAACCUUCUUUCUUUUACAUCACGAUUGCCAACCAUAUUAAUUUCAAGAAAGAAUUUAACAACAUGAUUAAAUUUUUGCUCGGACACAAAGAUCAGAAAAUUAAUCAUAUAAUAAGAAGAGUUUGCAGAGGAAUCAUCAAAUGCUGUCAAACAUAUGAACCAAAGGUUGCUAGAGAAGUUUCUGAUUGUUUAUUACCUAUUUUAAUUGACUUGAAUACGAACGCAUUACCUCCAAUGAAUGAAGUUUAUUCACUUUUGUCUUUGUUCAUUUUCAUUUUGAACAACAUGACAGAAAGAGGACUUCAAGACCCAUCAAUCAACAGAUUAAGUCUUUAUGAAGUUGCUCAUUAUUUGUUGAACCACAUCAAUGAGAAACUUUUCACUAAAAACAAAUCAAAACCAAAACCAGAUUUGCAAUGUUCUUCAAAAACAAUAAGAAAUGACAUGUUUAGUUUACCACCACAAAUUCCACAAAUAAAGAAGAACAGAAGCCAAACAGAUCUCAAGAAAUUGUCAAUAGAUGGUGGAAGUUCAGCAACAGACAAUGAUGAUGAUUUGAUUUCAUUUAAAGAAGAAAAUAUUGAUCCUUUGAAUGAAUUACAUUCCGCGAUUUUGAGUUUCAUGAGAGUUUGUGUCGGUUCUCCAGUAGGUGAUGUAAAACCAGAUGGAUUGAUUAAUUUGGUUUUCCACAUGUGUUGUUCGAAUCUAACUCUUGCUAAUUUUGAUAGAUUAUGUUCAAUGACGAAAUACAUUUUCGAUAAAUUUUCUCCAGUUAUAUUUAACUGCUCAACACCUCCAAUUGCAAGAUUACUCCAUUGUUUCUUCAUUGUUUCCACCAAGAACUACAAUAAACUUGAUACAGUUGGUGGAUUGUUUGUUAGUUUAUUCAACAAUGAUUUAGAAAAAUGCCAUAAUAAUAACAGAAGUGCUGUUAUUGCAAUGAGAUUUGUUUCAUUGUUAACUCAUCAAGAAAUAAUCAAAGAAGAAGUUGGAAGUUUCUUGGAAAAGAUGAGUACGAGUUCUAACAAUGCUUUGAGGAAUUUCGCAUUGACAUUCAUGAAAAUCAGAAAGAACUCAAUGAAUUUGACAUCUGAACAAGUUCAUUUCGACAGAGUUCCUGAAUUAAUGAUGGAAAGAGUUUUCCUGUUUAGAACAUGUCCUGAUCACAUGUUAACCAUUUUGGAUGAAAUUGCAAACUAUCAUUUGAACCAGGAUAUGAAAAUGGAAUACGUUUACACAUUGAUUCUUAAGAUGGCAAUUAUCUUGGAAUUCGGAGUUUUCAUAGGCGAAAUUCCAAAUUUGUUUGGAACAAAACACUGCGCAAGUCAGUUUUUGAAGAAUUUACCAAUCGCUGAAUCAAUAUACUGCCAUGAUGCUUUCAUUAAUGAUAUGCCGAAAGUUCCAGGAUUCUGUGGAAAUCCUUGUUUCUCACAGAGUGGCUUAUUGGGAAUAAUGAUUUCAACAAGCGAAUACUGCCAAAAGAACCAACUUUUCGAUGCCGCAACUUAUUUGUAUGACAUUGCAAUGCCUCUUUUGGAAUACUCCAGAUUGUAUUCGAUGUGUUCCCAGUUCCUUGGAAUAUUCUCCGGUUUGUUUAGAGCUGAAGCUGCAGCUCCAAGUAUGAAUUCCGAUGUGAUGCAAGACAGAUAUUUCAGAGUUAUUUUAACAGGAAAAAUCUUUGGCGAAGAUGAAAACAAAGGUUAUGUUUACCACGCUAACAGAUUGACAAGAGUUUUCGAUAUCUCAAAACAAAUUGUUGCUUCUUAUAACCAGAUCUAUAAUGGAAAGAUUGAUUUGCUUCAAGCAUCUGCCGGACAAAGAGAUCCAACAAUGGGAUACAUAAAUGUAACAUUUAUUGAGCCAUAUCACGAUGAUGAUGACGAAUUAAGUGUCGGACAAGUGAAUUUAACUGAUGAAUUCUACUUCGACACACCUUUCGUUCCUAACUCAAACAAAGCACAAGGCACAGUUGAAACGCAAUGGAUCAGAAGGACAGUAAUUAAAACUGCUCAGCCUUUGCCAUGUCCAUUGAGAAGAGUUCAAAUUUUACCUGAUCAAGAAAAAGUCAUCGAAUACGAACCAAUCAAAGUCGCUUAUAGACAAAUCAGGAAUAGAACUAAGUCUAUCUUAAGUGCUAUCAAUGAUUGCGACUACUUGACAAUCCAGCAGUUACUUCAUGGUUCUCUUUUAGCACAAGUUAACGAAGGACCUGCAAAAAUUGCAGAAGUUUUCUUGCAGGGAGAUUCUCCUUUGAGGCCAAAGAUGAAGAAGGAAUUCUUGCUUUUCUUGGACGCAAACGAGAAAGGUGUGAAGAAACAUGCAGAAUGGGUUGCUGAUAAUCAAGCAUUCGUUGCUUUGCAAGUUCAACUGGAAGCAGGUAUGGAUGCAUUACGCGAGAAAUUAACACCUCUUCUUGAACUUGUUCAAGAUUAA